AACCAGAAAAAGGGACCUUUAGUCAACCCGUCAACGGACAUAUCGUGGAAAACAGAAGAGGAGUGGACUGGAAGACUGCCAUGCGAAGCAACAUAGGAAGUCUACAAAUUUGUGGAAAACUACGCAUUGAUCAGUAGCGAGCAGGAAGAAUUAGAAAACAAGCAAAAAGAUGUCAGGAGCCGCCCAAGCCUCUGAGAACCCACCAUCAAAGCUUAGCUCAGCUAAGUAUGAAGCAGCAACUGUAGAAGAGCUUGGUGGCCUUCAAACAUAUAUCGCUGGACCCCGUGAUUCCAAAACUGCUAUCAUCCUCCUAUCUGAUGCUUAUGGAUAUGAAGGUCCAAAGAUAAGGAGGCUUGCAGAAAAUGUUGCAGAAGAAACUGGAUUCUUGGUAGUGGUUCCUGAUUUCUUCCGUGGGGAUCCUAUUGAUAGCAUAAGGGAUCGUGCUGAAUGGCUGAGGACUCAUACUGCAGACAAAGGGUGUGAGGAUGCUAUGGCAGUAAUUGCUGCUCUGAAGAGCAAAGGAGUUUCUACUAUAGGGGUAGCAGGGUUUUGCUGGGGUGGAAUGACUGUUGUGAAACUAGCAAGAUAUGAUAGUAUUCAGGUUGCAGUUAUACUGCAUCCUGGUCCAAUCACUGAGGAUGACAUUCGUGAAGUUAAGGUUCCAAUUGCUUUACUAGGAGCUGAGACGGAUCAUUUAUGUCCACCUGAGCUUUUGACUAAGUUGAAUGGCAUUUUAACUGAAAAACCUGAGGUCAAUAACUUCUUGAAGAUAUACCCUGGCGUAAAGCAUGGAUGGACACUACAGUACAGCGACGACGAUGAAUUCGCUGUUAAGAUGGCAAAAGAAGCUCACUCAGACAUGUUGAACUGGCUUACCAAGCAUGUCAAAUAGAGUGAACAGACAAAAAAAGGAAUAAUGAUUUCCAGUCGAAGCCAAAGUACGAAUUAUCAUGCCUAUGAAGGCCGGAAUGCUCAAGGUAAUGGUGCAUUUCACCAUGGCUUGUUUGAAUAAAAAUUCAGAAUUGGUGUAUCUUCUUGUGCCUUAUUUGAAUAACAAGUCAGAACUGUGCUUUAUGUUAAUACAUGUACUGCAACUCACAUGGAUGAUUCCACAUGUCUUGUAUGUGGAUCCUAGAAUUAUAUAUGCAGAAAUUGGUAAUACUAAUUUUCCAUAUAUUUAUGUGUGACCUUUCUAGUCAUCUGCGAUCCACUCACAACAAAGAAUCUUGAUAAAAUCCUUUUA